GCUGGCCCAGUCCCUGCUGGCCCUGUUUGCCUCGUCCCUGGCCAUCUCUCUGGUGUUUGCCAUCAUCCCCCUGUGCCACAACGUGGUGGUGCUGGCCGUGGUCAUGGCCGUGGCCGGGCUGGCCAUGGGCUGCAUCGACACCAUCUCCAACAUGCAGCUGGUCAAGAUCUACCAGAAGGACUCUGCCAUCUUCCUGCAGGCUCUCCACCGCUGCCCAGAGACCCCACACGGCUGCAGCGGGUCACGAGGAUUUGUUCAGCUGCUGCCAGAGCAAGAACUUCCGAGGGGUUUCCUUCACCUAUUUCGCCGUGCACAUCACCGGCGCCCUGGUUCUCUUCAUGACUGAUGGCAUCGUGGGAGAGUACUCGGGGUUCGUGUACAGCUACGCCGUGGAGGAGCCCCUGGCCGUGGUGCACAAGGUGGCCGGGUACCUGCCCAGCCUCUUCUGGGGCUUCAUCACCCUGGGCAGGCUCAUCUCCAUCCCCGUGUCCUACAGGAUGAAGCCAGCCACCAUGGUCUUCAUCAACGUGGUCGGGGUUCUCGUCACCUUCCUGCUGCUGCUGCUCUUCUGGUCCAGCGUGGUUUUCCUGUUCGUGGGCACGGCCUCGCUGGGGCUGUUCCUCAGCAGCGCCUUCCCCAGCCUGCUGGCCUACACCGAGGACAUCCUGCAGUACCAAGGUUGUGCCACCACGGUGCUGGUGACUGGAGCUGGCAUCGGAGAGAUGGUGCUGCAGCUGCUGGUGGGCUCGAUUAUCCAUGAUCGGGGCAGCUACAGUUUCCUGGUGUGUGGGAUGAUCUUUGGGUGCUUGGCCUUCACCUUCUACGCCCUGCUGGUGUUUUUCCACAGGAUGUACCCCAAGCCCUGCCCAGGUAAGGGAACCCCAGCUUUGGGAUGGGAGCAGGCGCAGCACAGGCCUCACUGCAGAGAUUCCAGCAAAAAUGCAAGGAAAUGUUUAUUUUCCUGCUGCUUCCUCUCUCCUUUUCCUGCUUUGUCUUGCCCACAAAGCCUUGGCAGGCGCAGCUCAGGGUUUGCUUUCUUUUCUGCUGGAGAAGCAAGGGAAAAUAGCAGGGAUCACAGACAGCACCAGCUUCCCUGGGCUGUUCCCUGGCUGGAAUCCAGGGAAUCAGCAGGGCUGCCAUCCAAGGGCAGCUCUCAGGCUCUGGGAAAGCCUCACAGAUUAAGGAUUUUUGAGUUAUCACCUCAGUCUGGAGCUGCUGGUUGUUUUUAUACGAAAGGAGCAGAGUGGGACUGGCAAAAAGCACGGCCAGGUGUGGCUUGGGCUGUGCUGGGGUCACAGCUCGAGGGCUGUGGGCCCCAAGUUUGAGGGGCUGGGAAAGGAAUGGAAAUUGAGAAUCCUGAGGAAGCUGGGAAAGAGUUUGGAGAAAUCUGGGAAGGGUUUGGAGAGUCCUGAGGGAGCUGGGCAGGGUUGGGAGAAAUCCUCAGGGAGCUGGGAAAGAUUUGGAGAGUACUAAGG